UGCAGUCACACAAGAUGUAUCGAACAAUGGUGACGUGUUCAAUAAGGAAAAUCAUUGUCAACCCUUUUAAAUUGUAUCGCAAGAAAUCCGAUUGCCAUGUGACAGUACCCCAGGGUAAAAUGAGAGGUAAAGUGUGCAGUACUCCGUGUGGUAAACAGUACUAUAGCUUCGAAGGCAUACCCUACGCUAAACCACCUUUGGGGCCUCUCAGAUUUAGGGAUCCUCAGAAAAUCGAUAACUGGUCUGGAGUACUCGACGCGACAAAACCUGGAAAUAAAGCCGUGCAAUCAAAUCCCUACAAAAAAUGUAUAGAAGGUUCAGAAGACUGCUUAUAUUUAAAUGUGUACACUCCAAUAUUGCCUGAUGAACAACAGCAAAGUCUUUCAGUACUAUAUUUCGUACAUGGCGGUAAUUUACAAAGGGGUUUUGGUCACAUGUUUCGUCCAGAUUACUUGGUUCGCCAGGAUGUCAUUGUAGUCACAAUUAACUAUCGUCUCAAUGUUUUUGGAUUUCUUAACCUUGAAACACCAGAAGUGCCCGGUAAUGCAGGACUUAAAGAUGCUGCUACAGCUCUAAAAUGGGUGAAACAAAACAUCGAACAUUUUAAUGGUGAUCCAAACAAUAUUACAGGAAUGGGAGAAAGUGCAGGCGCAAGUAUAACUACAUUAUUAUCGAUUUCAAAGAUGACUCAAGGUAUAUUUAAAAGAAUAAUUGGUUUAUCAACAGCUAUAUCUGAUGAAAUGAUGGGCGAUAAUCACAUGGAAAGAGCAAAAGAUAUUGCUUCAAAUUUAGGAAAUAACAUCAAUUGCGCUAAGGAAAUAGAUAAUUUGCUUCGGAACUCUUCUCCUGAAGAUUUGAUUAAGGCUUUAAUGAAAUCAGUUUCUCGUUCAAAAAAAAAUGGCAUACACACCUUUGUACAGGCAGUAGUUGAAAAUAAAUAUGAUAAUGUGGAACCAUUUUUGGUUGAGUAUCCUCUACAGUCAUUAAGGACUAAUAAUUAUUCUAAAGUUCCAGCUCUUAUGAGUGUGGCAAUCCACGAAUCGGCAUAUUUUAUAACUCAUCCAUCCGGACAAUUUAAAUUUGACAAAGAUGUAUUGCAAUUCGUAUCGAGUCCUGCAUUAGAAGAUAAGUCUGCUGUGCAAUUAAUGGAUAUGGAGAAACAACUAAAACAAUUGUACUUUCAAGAUAAAGAAAUCGGUCCUUCAACACUAGUUCAAUACUUAGAUUUAACUUCAGAUUUGUAUAUCACUAGAGACAUAAUCCACACAGCAGAUUUAUUUUCUAGAAACGACGAUUUCUAUUUUUGUAGAUUUGGCUACAACACGCGUUUCAUGAAAAGUUUAGGAGUAAAAGGCGCUACACACACCGAUAUAUUACAAUUUAUAUUUUACACAGAGAAGAGAAGAAAUACUUUUAAUGAACAAGAUAUAAAACUUGUUGAUAUGUUGACAGAGGCGUUGUGUAACUUCGCCAAAACUGGAAAGCCAACUUGGACGGGGCAGGAAUUUACGUGGCCAUAUUUCAAGAAAGAUGAAAGAUUAUGUUUAAAUAUUGGUGACAGAAUAAGCUGUGUCCCAUUACCCGAAUAUGAUAGGUAUACAAAACUAAUUAAUAUACUUAAGCAGAAGCCGAAGAUACGACAGAACUAACAAGACGAUCUUUUACGAUUAUAGUAGCGGUGUUUGGAUAACCGACCAGGGCUACCAGGGCAGGUUUGGAUAUUAAGAGAGGGCAGGGACGCCAAUAGUAGACAUUUUUUAUUCAUCAAUUCGUUUACAAUAUCUUUGAUAAAUUACCUCU